GGGUGCAUCAAUGGGUCGUUCAGGGGGCCUUUCAUUUGGUCAUUCAGUCAAUGGGUGGGGGGGCCGAACAUGACAGGAGGGUUACAAAUAUGGGAUCAUCUUUUUUUUUCUUCUCUUUUUUUCUAAGAACUGUAUAGAAAUUGCUUAGUCACAUGUCAUUUCAUGGUCUAUUUUUUUUCUGCCAACAGAGGAUUCACUCCAACAAAUUGAGGAUGUAUACGGAAUUAAUGGACAGCCACAGAAAACGAAAGUCGUCCUCUUCCACCGAGCCACCUAUGAAGAACGCAAAACUUACAGACUCUUUCACUGGCUCUAGGCGAAUAACACAAGCAACAUUUGACAAGCUUCUGCUUACGUUUGUAUGUGAGGCCAACCAACCAUUUUCUAUAGUUGAGACAUCGUCCUUCAAGACUAUGAUGGAAACCUUGCAACCUCAGUGUACAGUAAUGACAAGGAAAACAUUGUGCUCAAAAAUACAAGACGCUGUGAAGAACAUGAAAAGCAUAAUCAUCAAAAAACUGAGCACUGUGAACUAUGUUGCUACCACAACAGACUGCUGGUCUGCCAGACAGCAUAGCUACUUAGGAGUGACUUGUCACUGGAUAGAUGACAUCUCUUUAGAAAGGCAUUCUGCUGCACUGGCUUGUAGACCUCUUAAAGGUUCACACACAUUUGAUGUUCUUGCUGCUGCAUUAGAGGAAAUCCAUUCAGAGUAUCACAUCAGAGAAAAAGUGACCCGGACGACAACAGACAGUGGUUCAAACUUCUUGAAGGCCUUUCGAUUAUAUGGUGAGGACAAAGAGGAAGAAACAACCAAUUGGCAGGAGGAUAGUGGGUCUAUCCUUGAUGAUGCAGAAGACAGUGAGUUAGAGGUGGAGUAUCAAGAUGUGUUAGCCGUUUUGGAUGACAACACAGGUCUGGAGUACCAGCUUCCAAGGCACCAAAAGUGUGCAUGUCAUCUACUCAAUCUUAUAUCAACAGUUGAUGCCACUGCUGCAGAAGCUACCAAUGAUACAUACAAGAGACUGUCUCGGUCUGCUUUUGCAAAAGGUCAUGCUCUGUGGAAUAAAACCAGCAGGUCAAUCAUGGCUUAUGAAACAGUGGAACGUGAGUGCAAGUUGCAGUUUCUUCGACUCAAUCAAACUUGUUGGAGCUCCCUGUUCCUUGCUGUGGAAAGACUUGUCCGCAUUCAUAAAGAGCAAGGAGAGAAAGCAAUCCGCAAUGUUUGCACGGCAUUAAAGAUAAAGAUGUAAGUUGAUGGAACUUGUUUUUAAAUAUUAAAUUGUGACUAAUGUGUGAAUCCACCCCCUUUUUUUAAGUGACUUUGACUGACACUGAAAAAUGUAAAUAUUAUCAAUUGCUUAUAGUUUUACUGUCUCAUUUUGCAAUCAUUUGCAAAUUUUACAGACAAUUCACAGUUAUUACAUUGCUGUAGAAAUGGCUAUGACCUAUUUCUGUUUUU